AUGGAUCUUGACGACUGGGUCACAAACUCGAAUGAGUGCUUCCACAUCAAUCUAUAUCGCCCAGGCAGCGGCGAGUCCGAGCGCAUCCUUGACGACUCCUUCAACCCGACCUGCACAUACACCGUGAUCGACGAGCAAGAGGCGAUCGCCGGCUACAAGAAUCCAAGCAUAGAACUUGACUUCCGCGCAAACGACCUUAAGCCACGGCUCAAGAUACAGUUUGACGAGAAGUUGGAGCUUAAGGGUAUCUCACCCGACAUCAACCAGGUCGAUCUCACGCCAGAACUAUUUGCGCAAUUUCUACCAGAGCCAUCAGAAGAUGUCAAGGAUGCGACGUCAAAAGACUGGAAACCUCCAGGAGAAUGUCUGCACAAUUUCACGCUGCAAAACAAGAAAUACGAGAUCUGGAAGGCGCCCAUGACCAACGACGCGGCGAAGCAAAUCUGGACAAAUAUGAGGAUUCUGGUGUUGCUGUUCAUCGAAGGCGCUACAUUCGAGGGCCUCGACGACGAGGAGACGAUGGACCGUUGGUCGCUGUAUCUGCUGUACGAGGUGACUCCUCUCAGCGAUGCUACGACUACCCCAUACACGCUCGCAGGAUUCUCUACCUCAUAUCGCUCAUGGAUCUUCCCAACCUUUGACAUCAUGCGCGCCACCAAGAUGCUCCCAUCUCCUCCGCCAGAAAGCUCAGACAGUCAUACUCCUAAGUACACAUCUCAACGCUUGACCCAAGAUCCAGAAACCUUCCUUUUCAACGAAAAGAUCAACCGUCUCGAAACUCCCUCGCGGGAACGAAUCUCCCAGUUCUUAAUACUGCCUCCAUACCAAGGACAGUCUCUUGGCUCUCGACUAUACGACACUAUCUUUGAGGAUCUUGUGAAGAAACAGUUCAUCUACGAGAUUCCUGUCGAAGACCCCAGUGAGGAUUUUGAUUCCAUGCGAGACUACAGCGAUAUUGUCUACCUUCGCAAGUUGCCCUCAUUCCGGACGCUUUCGCUUGCAUCAAACCUCCCGCCAGAACUAUUGAGAAAAGACUCGCCAAUCCCCAGAGACCAAAUUCUUGGCAACGGUAUCGAUCUGGAAGAGCUCCGUCACGAAGCCAAAAUCGUUACUAGGCAAUUCUACCGGAUAGUCGAGCUUCAUCUCCUCUCUACUAUCCCGCCCAAUCAUCGCAAGAGAGCACGGAUUACGCGCAAAGCAAAGUCAAGUAAUGAGAAUGACCGCAAGUACUACUUCUGGCGAUUGGCCCUCAAACAUCGCAUAUAUAGUCAAAACGCCGACACCCUUGACCAGAUGGAGGAUGCCGCAGAGAAGGUCGAGAAGCUUGAGAUGGCAGUCGAUAACCAGCAGGAAGAGUACGAAGAGCGCCUCGAGGGUAUUCAGAAGCGCCUCAAAUGGGCGACUCAGCCAGUCUCGAACGGCGCCAAAAGCAGGAGCAAGCGGAAGAGAGCCGUUGUCAGCGACGAGGACGACGAUUGGGAGGACAUGGACGACGAGCCAGUCACCCUGAAGCGGAACAAGGCGUGA